UUUUUUUCUUUUUAUGAUUUUUGUCAUUAGAAAUAUCAACAAAUAAUCCAUCAAAUAAACAAACAAAUAAAACGACAAAAUGGGACAACAAGCGUCCAAAAAGGUGUUCAGUAGACGAAAAAAGAAAUUACAAGAACAACAACAAAAUCAAUCUAGUAUACCCUCACCAGCCGUCACUUCUAUAUCAUCCAAUAAAGCAUCCAUGUUUAGAUAUAGAGAAGGAAGACGAUAUCAUGAAGAUGAAUCUAUACCUUAUGUUUUACCAAAUGAUGAUGAAGAAUGUGAUCGACUUCAUCAACAACACUGGUUAUUUAGAUAUUUAUUUCAAAGUAAUUUUGAAGUCCCUCUUCAUGAUCAGCUGCAAAAAGGAAUUACCGUAUUAGACGUUGGAUGUGGACCAGGAACAUGGGUAUUCGAAAUGGCGGAGGAUUAUCCUCAUACUCAAUUUCAUGGUAUCGACAUUGCUCCUGUAUUUCCUGAAGGUAUCAAACCUCCUAAUGUUACGUUUGCUCUUGGUAAUGUUGCUGAACGACUUCCAUUUCCUGAUGAUCACUUUGAUUAUAUUCAUCAACGUAUACUUAUAUUUGGCUUAACUCGACCACAAUGGGAUCUGGCUAUUCAAGAAUCACUUCGUGUUUUGAAACCUGGUGGUUGGCUCGAAUUUAUCGAGGUGGAUCAAAGAGCUCAAAACUUAGGACCAUUAUUAAAAGUGAUUACUGAUGCAAUGGAACAUAUGCUAGAAUCAAGAAACAUGGUACCUGACAUUAGUGAACAAUUAGAAGAUUAUUUCGAUAAACAUAAAUUGGACAAUAUCCAUGUUACCGUUAAAGACUUUCCAAUGCGACAUAGUGGUAAAUUAGGAGACCUAUUUUGGGAUGACUUCCAACAAGUAUCUCGGGCUGUCAAACCAAUUGUUUCUCAAAGUCAUCCAGAAUGGGUAUCACCUGAACGUUAUAAGGAUUAUUUGGAUAAAUGUGCAGAUGAAUGUGCUUCAUAUCAAACUACAUUGGUGGCUCGCUCUGUUUGGGGUCAAAAACCUUUUUAGUGCAACAUUAGAAUAGAUCUUUCCUUUUUUCUUAUUAUUAGUCUUAUUAUUCUUAUUAUUAUUAUUGAUGUAUUACUUUAUUCCUUCCUUUUUGUUAUUCUUUCCCGUUUUUAUGAAACAAAUCAUUCUUUAAUAAAUAAUUGUAUGCAUUUUACACUUUA